AUGACUUUCGCUUAUGGGCGCCUUGUGUCGAGCACUCUAUACGCAGGACCGACUUCCCCUACUAGUCGAUGGUUCUCACCACACAAACUGGCACCCCGACCGAUACCGAAAGCGCGCCAGACGCGUACCAACUCGAUCGAGUCUCUUAAUCCUUCGGCGCGUGGUGCGGAGAGUGGUGUAGUCAGUGAUGUGCACAGUGACCAGAGAGGUAACCGAGGCACUAAUACGCGGGGCGCCAAUCGACCCGCCACAAGGAUCGAUCCGAAUCAAGAUCAAGCUGCCGGAGACUGUGAUGAUACGAGGCCAGAGUUCACUGUCAAGAUUCGAAGCGGGCACACAAUGGCAAAUCCAUUAGAGGCACUCAGGAAGCUUGAUAGCUAUUUGGAUCAGGUGGAAGCCCACCGGCUUUUCUAUCUCAAGGCACCCGGACUAGGAUACCUUGUCAAGAUGACGCGGCCAGAGAAAGAACGGCUUCGGGGUCUGUGCCCCAAGACACUACGGGUAGUGAUUACUGAGGAACCUCCCUUAUUUGCACAGUAA